AUGGCGCCUAAAGGUUCCAUGUCCACUCGCCUCAACCCGUUGCGUCUCAACAGCAUCAACCACCUCCGAAUCCGCCGUCCAAACCAGAACGAGGCGAACUCCUGCGUGACUGUCAUGUCCUCCAUGCUCAACUGCUGGGCUUCCGCCGGAUAUGGAGUUGAGGGCUGUGCUGGCCUCGAGGCUCAAUUGCGCAAGUGCAUGGAUGACCCGAAAUCCAUGGAGAAGAAGAAGAACACCGUCAACUACCACUUGAUGAGAAUGUACCCCAAGGUCGUCGGUCCUCGCAAGAAGGACGGUGUCCUCGGCUAA